GGUCCACUGUUCUUCUCAGGAUAUGGAGGUCAGUGCCACAGAACUCAUGAAGAUUCUCAACAAUGUCGUGACCCGACACCCGGAUCUGAAGACGGAUGGUUUUGGCAUUGACACGUGUCGCAGCAUGGUGGCCGUGAUGGACAGCGACACCACAGGCAAGCUGGGCUUCGAGGAGUUCAAGUACCUGUGGAACAACAUCAAAAAGUGGCAGGCCAUAUAUAAACAGUUUGACGUGGACCGGUCAGGGACCAUCUGCGGCCGUGAACUCCCAGGGGCUUUUCAGGCAGCAGGCUUCCAUCUGAACGAGCAUCUCUACAGCAUGAUCAUCCGACGCUACGCAGAUGAGGGAGGGAACAUGGAUUUUGACAACUACAUCAGCUGCCUGGUCAGGCUGGAUGCCAUGUUCCGUGCCUUCAAAUCUCUUGACAGAGAUGGUACUGGGCAAAUCCAGGUGAACAUCCAGGAGUGGCUGCAGCUGACUAUGUAUUCCUGAAUGGGAACCCCAGACCUGCCCCCUCAGUGCCCCGCUGUGGAGUCACCAUGGACCCCAGGAUAAGAGGUCACGUCUUCAUGGGCCCUGGGACCCACAGGCCUCUUCAUGCUCCUAGCCCUGGGCACCAGCUUCUCCGUCAGCAGCCAGGGCCCCACAUGCCCCAGCGUACCAUGCCCGAGUUACCCCCGCUCUCACACACUCCCUGUCCCAAAGGUCAGCCUCAGCACACAUAUCUCACACCCCCUCCCAAAGCCUCUCGUUCACCCUGUGUCAAGCCCAGCGCCUGGGUUGCUGCCACACCCCCAGGGCCUUCUCAGUUCUGGAGGAAUCCCUCCUGUCCCUGCACCCCUGUCACGCCUGUUCCAGUUACCCCCCCGGCAGCCGUACUCCCCGGUCCACGUCCCACGUGCCCAGUGCCUUUGUUCCUGCUCUGCUUUCAGCCCGCCAGGCCCAGGAAGAAAUAAAAGCACCCCAUUGCUGCUCUUCGUGGCAUCUGCCUCCCGCUCUGAGUUGAGGGCUGGUUUGGGCUCGCUCCAGAGCAGAGGGGGUCUGGGUCGUGGUGGGGUUGGGUGGUUUUGUCUGUCUCGUCUGUCCCCAGGGUUGGAUCUGUGUGUCUCCUUUGGUCAUCUGGGUCUUUUUUCCCAUACUAAAUUCCGGUUGAGCUGUAGCCUCGUUC